CAUGGAGAUUCACCAUGGCGGUGUACUGUUGUGUGUGACGGGCAGGUUAGCUUGAGAAAAAUACGGAGUGACGCGUCUGCGUACUGCCUGUCUGCUGCCAGCCACGGCGGGGAGACUAAAUACAGGAUGGGGUCUCGAAUCAAGGAGAACCCUGAGUCUACCUUUGAGGUGUAUCUGGAGGUGGCCAACCCAGGCAUCCACAGUUCUGGGCCAGAGGUUCGUCGGCAGUUUCCCGACGACUACAGAGAUCAGGAAACUCUUAAAACUGUGUCCAAGUUCUGCUUCCCUUUCAGCAUGGACAGUCUUUCUGUCAACCAAGUUGGCCAGAACUUUACGUUUGUGUUGACUGACAUUGAGAGCAAACAGAGGUUUGGCUUUUGCCGCCUCUCGUCAGGUGCACACACUUGCUACUGUAUUCUUAGCUACCUUCCCUGGUUCGAAGUCUUCUACAAGCUGCUUAAUAUCCUUGCAGAUUACACUGUCAAAGGACAGGAAAGCCAGUGGCAAGAGCUCCUGUUGUUACUGUAUACGCUGCCCAUCCCUGAACCUUGUGUCCCCAUUCACCUUGGUGUGCAUUCCUAUUUCAUUGUGCCUGACACAAAGGAACUUCCCAGCAUACCUGAGAAUAGAAACCUAACAGAGUACUUUGUAGCAGUAGAUGUCAAUAACAUGCUUCAUCUGUAUGCUAGUAUGCUUUAUGAACGUCGAAUCCUCAUCUGCUGUAGCAAACUUAGCACUUUAACAGCUUGUGUCCAUGGGUCUGCAGCCAUGUUAUUUCCAAUGCACUGGCAACAUGUUUACAUCCCUGUCUUGCCUCAGCAUCUGUUAGACUACUGUUGUGCCCCGAUGCCUUACCUCAUUGGAGUCCACUCCAGCCUAAUGGAGAAAGUUCGAGGGAUGGCUCUGGAUGAUGUGGUGGUCCUUAAUGUAGAUACAAACAUGCUUGAAAGCCCCUAUGACGACCUCCAAAGCCUUCCCAAUGAUGUGGUUUCUGCUCUGAAAAGUCGACUGAAGAAGGUUUCAGCAACAACAGGAGACUGUGUGGCUCGAGCCUUCCUCAAGAGUCAGGCAGCUCUGUUCGGCAGCUACAGGAGUGCGCUGCAGAUUGAGUCGGAAGAACGUAUAACAUUUAAUGAAGAAACCUUUCUAAACCAUCGGUCGAGUGCCAUGAGACAGUUCCUUCAGAAUGCCAUUCAGCUGCAGUUCUUCAAACAGUUCAUUGACGGUCGCUUGGACCUGCUGAACUCAGGCGAAGGUUUUAGUGACAUCUUUGAGGAGGAGAUCAACAUGAGUGAAUAUGCAGGCAGUGACAAAACCUACCACCAGUGGUUGUUCACCGUAAAGAAAGGUGGUGGAGCCAUCUUCAACACAGUGAAGACCAAAGCAAACCCAGCCAUGAAGACAGUUUAUAAAUUUGCCAAGGACCAUGCAAAAAUGAGGAUCAGAGAAGUCAAGAGUCGGUUGAAGCAAAAGGAGCAAGCAGAGAAUGGACUCUCCACUGAGGGGUCAGCAGUGACUGAUGAUGACAGCACAGCAGGAUUUGCCACCUCCACUGGUGCAGCUAGAAGCAACAGGUCACUGCAAAACUGGGAAGACAGUCGGCCAGUCACUAUGCACUUGGGACAGGCUCGGCCACCAGUGCUGUUGAAAAGACCAAGCAGCAAUCUGAGUCUGGAAAGCAGCAUUGACCACCCUGUCCGUCCUACUCGUCACUACACAGUCUUUCUGUCUGAGGAUUCGUCUGGAGAUGAGCUCCAAUACGACAAUGAGUCCAUCUCUGGGUUUCCUGACAGCUUUUUCUUCUCGGUCCCUUUUGAGUGGUCGCCUCUGCCACAGCCGUACCACACACUAAAAGAGGUUGAGUUGAUAGAAAGUCAUGAUACUGGUUUUGGGCCACCAGAAAGUCAUACCGCCCCCCCUAGCCCAGUCAAUGAGAAGUUCUCCAAUCUCAACUUGCUUGGUGACUUUUUUGGGUGCCUGGACGAACCUGACAGCCAACCAGUUGCCUUGGCUAAGAGUCUCGAGGAUCUGAGGACUUCUAAAGACUCCGAUGAGUUGCAGCCCAAGUUUACCUACCAGCGGAUGGACGUAAACGUUGGUGACAAUUCACGAACAUUUCCAGGGCUCAAGCUCUCCAACUCUUACAACAAGCUGUGGAGUACAGGUCAUGAAAAAACGCCUUUGCCUGGUCCCUCUACCUGUAAUAGACCUCCAUCUGUCCAACUUCCUGUGCACACAGGAACCCACUCCCCAGGGCUUGAUAGCUCCAGCACGUGCCCUGAGCCUUUGGACCUUUCCUCUCUUGGUAAUAUCACUAUUCCUCGUCCCCAGGGAAGGAAGACACCUGAGCUUGGUUCUGUCUUGACACCUCCCACAGCCCAGUCAUGCUCCAAACCAACAGGAACUGGUGAAGGAAGGACUAUAUCAGGGGGAGAAGAGUUUAGACAAGCUCUGAGCAUGUCCACAGAUGGAGAUUUGCUGAAGACCCCCAAGAGUACUAAGGAAGGUAUAGAUCUCAUAAGCCUUUUAGAUCCUCUAAAGAACUCAGCACAGACCAGUUCCACUGCACCAACUGAUGGGACAGAUAGUAGUAUCUCAUCUUCCUACAAGCCAGUACUACAACCUGGAACCUACCCACAGGGCUUGCCUUCUUUCCCAAAAUAUCCAAACCUAUCACUAAACCCUUUCACACAGUCUUUGCAAAACCCUUCCCUUCAAAUGCAUUACUCACCAAUUAUAAGUGGAAACCCCUUUAAUACAGUCUCCAGACCUCCGCCAGGCCCUUAUAUGCCUGCUCCAACCCAGCAGCAGUCAUUUACAACAUUACCGGGGCUUUACAGACAGCAUUCGCCAGGCAGUUCCACUGCCCCACCCAGCUAUUCACUGCUCCAAUCAGCAUUCCCGUCAUCAGUCACCUCUCUGCCUCACUCCUCUGCCAGCAAUCACACUUUUUCCACAGCUAUAAAUGCACUGGGAAAGCCACUUAAUGUUGAACAGGACAGUCAGAAGCCUCAGGAUCCUUUUGGGGACCUGUUGUCCUUGGCCAGACCAGCUUCAUCCCAAAAACAGAAGGUGGAGGACCUCCGAAGGAAAUGGGAAACAUUUGACUAAAAUCUUUAUAUGUGCAUAGAGAUUAUUUUAUGUCACUUCUACCACUGCUCUAUCAGGACCUUGGGUUGCUUUUAAUAGUGCAAUAAUCUGGUUCAGUCUGUUAUACUUGUCUAGCUCAAAAAAUACAGAUUAAAUGAAGAUUAAAGACUGCUGAAAAAUGCCAUGUCGGAGUUCUAAUAGAGUUGUCCUGAUUGCCUAAGUGGAAAAACGAAGAGCAGGUACAUUUUGUAUGCUAUCUGCAACCAGGCUGAUGAGUGUGUGGGCGCUGCCAGUUUUUCCGUUGUAGAAUAUAGGUCAGAACUUAUAUUUUUGAGGCAGGAUUCUAAAUUCCGAAGUAAUAAAUACAAGAUACAAUAAAUAAAACGCACAUUAAUCAGCUGCACCAUUAAAAACCACCUUCCUUGUGCUGGGUACAUUAGUCAUUCUGUUGUCAUGUCAUGAGUCUAUCUGUGUAGAUGCAUUAGAAAUGAAGUGAUUUUCAAACCAGUUACUUUUUUUUGUAGUUUGAAGCCUCUAACACUGAACUACAGAAGUCAACAUGACAACAGUUCUUACGCAGGUGUUCUAAUUCUUUGAAUAUGCUGAGGUCCUCUUUAUUCCAAGUAUCCAUGAUUGUGUUCAUAAGCAAGUAUAAUACAGACCGUUUUUUUGUUUUAAUUCUUCUUUGGUGUAGUAGUCUUCAGGGCACAAGAGGAACUGUGAGUAUACUGUUUUUGGUCAAAUGCAUGAAUGGGAAAUUGCAAAAGCGAUUUAAAAAAAAUUAAAGGUCCCUAGAGUAUUAGUUGUUUAGACAAUAGCUCUGUGUUAUCCUCAAAAAAUAAACUAAAACAAGCAGUAAAAUGGUUUGUUCAGAGGAAAUGCAAAUUGAUGUUGAUUUGUAAAUACCCAGCUGUAGCCAUCAUUUCAGAGUUGAUGGAAGAAAAAAAAAAGGUCUUUGUACCUAUAAAGUCCUCUGUGGAGCUUCUCAGUAGGUUAUUACCUUUUAGUGGGCUCCAGAGCAGUUUGCUUCAAAAGCACCGAUUAACUGUAACAGAAGGUCCUGAUAUAGAAGGUAAAAAUGGUCACAUGAUGACACCCUCACCCUCUGAUUGAUGACCAGUGACAAACUCUUUCUAUUAAACAGAUUGGGAAACGUGGAUGCAUUUCUACAAAAUGUGAACUUGUGUUACGUCAUGUGUGAUUUUCCUGGGGAAAAUGCCUUUCUGUAAAGGCAUUUACCAGAACAUUUGCUUGUACAUUUCACUGCACAGCUCUCUUGUGGGUCAUUUGUCUUCAGUGCCAUCCCAUUAUCUGUGUAUAAACUUUAAGAAUAGCACCCAUUAUUUCCUGAAAGCGCAUAAAUGUCACAAUAGCACACGUUUUCAUGAAGUCAGCUUCUAUGAUUAGCUCGCAUUAUUAUUUUUAGCUAGUCUGCUAUAGCAAAAGAACAUCCUAAUGGAAUUAAGUGGCUGUCGCUACAAAAUAUAGUGCACCUCACAUGUGCAUAGUUCUUCUAUUGAUGUUUUAGUAGCUUUGUACACAAUGAAUUUUUUGCUUGGGUGUGGGUUUUUGUUGUUUUGUUUUGUUUGUUGCUUUCAUGAUAAAUUCUGUUUAAUGCUUCUCUCUCUGACCUGAAAAAAUGUGUUGUCAAUAAUUUUUUAAGACCGUCUACAAGCAUAAGAUUACAUUACAUUUCCUGGAAUAUUUUAAAGUUGUUUGUCUGCUAAAUAUAUGAAUACUUAGCAGACAAACAAAACCCCUUGUUGUAUAGUAUUGUUUUGCUGGAUCUUUUGGACAAGCCUGUUGCUGAUAUAUUUUCCUUUUUUUGGUUUUUGCAACUGUGAUUAGCUAAUGAGGCUGCUUAAACAUUGUGAUGUAAGAGGAAUAAUAAUAGCUUCUCACACUUUGGCCAUCAGUUUCUAAAUUAUCUGCUCUGACCUCUCUACCAUUACACAAUUGUGUCAGUGUCUUUCUCAGCUUUUUACUGCGUUCCAGAUAUUUUUGAUGCGUUCAUGUGUGGUGAAUACCAAAAAAAUUAACAGCUUGAAAGUGCUGUGCAUAUCAGCUGUAGCUGCUGUCUUGUGUGCCUAUUUGUAAAGACAACACUAUAUUUGUUCUAAGAAUGACUAAAGACUGCUGAAUAGUAUCCUACUGCAUUUGCAUAUAAUUUAAAUCUACAAAUAUCAGUUUCAUUAAAAUUACAUAUUUCACAA